CGGCCCCAGUGCAAAAGCAGCAACGCAGGCCCUCUGCAGCUUGUGUUGCUGGGUGUGGCCACUGCAUGGCACCCAGACCUCUUGCCCCCCUUUUAAAUUUUCCCCUUGAAGAGAUCACGGCACUCUAUUGCGCCUCUGGUUUUGAGGUCUUGCUUCAAGUGAAGACUGAGAGGGCACUGAGAAUUCAACAGGGAGAUGUCUCUGCCCUCCGUGUAUCAGCACAAGUUUGCGGAGAAGCUGACCAUCCUCAAUGAGAGGGGCAAGGGGGUCCUUGUUCGCAUGUACAACAUCAAGAAGACAUGUAUGGAUUCCCGGACCAAGCCAAGCUUCUUCACCGAGAAGACCAUGGAAUCCUCUAUCAAAUACAUCAACAAGAAGUUUCCCAACUUGGACACACGGAGCGGCACGCAACAUUUGGGACCAGUAUACAAGGAGAAAGCAGAUAUUUUCCGGGUACUCACUUCCUAUUAUCAAACCUUUGUGGAUGUAAUGGAAUUCCGGGACCAUGUCUAUGAGCUGCUGAACACUAUGGACGCCAGCCUGUGCCACUUUGACAUUCAUCUAAACUAUGACUUCACCAAGAAUUACCUUGACUUGAUUGUCACCUACGCAUCUGCCAUCUUACUCCUUUCUCGUAUUGAUGACCGCAAAGCCCUGAUUGGCCUGUACCAGUGUACCCAUGAGAUGAUCCAUGGAUCAGGUGAUGCCAGUUUCCCUCGGUUGGGUCAGAUGAUACUGGAGUAUGAGAAUCCCUUGCGCAAGCUGAUGGAAGAGUUUGGGCCCCAUACCAAGGCUGUGAGCAAUGCACUUCUUUCGCUGCACUUCCUCUUCGCCCGUAGAAACCACUCAGCUGAUCAGUGGCGAAGUGACCAACUCUUCAGUCUGAUCAGCAACCCCGCGAACAUGCUAGCUCCUGCCAGUUCAGACACGAUGGCCUGUGAAUACCUUUCUCUGGAGGUUCUUGAGCGAUGGAUUGUGAUUGGGUUCUUGCUGUGUCACAGCUGCCUGGGCUCUACCCAAAGCUGUCUGGAUCUGUGGCGGGCAGCUCUCCGUGGCUCUCUCUACAUUGCUCUAGUACGGGAUGAAGUGCUUUCUAUUCACAAAGUGGCGGAGGAGGCCUUCAGCAGCAUCAAAGGUUAUGGAAAACGCAUAGCUGAUAUCAAAGAAUGCAAAGAGCACGCUGUAGCAAACAGUGGGCAGCUGCAUCGAGGUCGGCGCCAUUUCCUGAGGAAUGCUGUACGGGAGAUGGAGACCAUUCUAGCCAACGAGCCAGGGCUUUUGGGGCCAAAGGCUGUUUAUGUCUUCAUGGCCUUGUCGUUCUGCCGUGAUGAGGUAACCUGGCUUUGCCGACACAGUGAACAUGUUAGCAAGAGCAAGAACCCAGAGGAAUUCACUGACAGCUACCUGGCUGAGCUGCUGUUUCUGAUGGAAAAGCUCCGUCGCCUCGUCCGACGGCACCAAAAUAUCCUCCAGCGCUACCAUGUACAGUACUUGUCGCACUUCGAUGCCCAGGUGCUCAGCAACAUUAUCCAGGACCUGACUGUGUGCCCUGAAGAGGAGUCUGUGAUUAUGUCAUCCUUUGUGAACUCACUCUCAUCCCUAACCAUCAAGCAAGUUGAGGAGAAGAAGAAAUUUGAAUUUUCUGGGCUGCGGCUGGACUGGUUCAGGCUGCAGGCAUACACCAGCGUUAGUAAGGCUCCCUUGCAACUGCGGGAGAAUCAUGACAUUGCCAAGGUGAUGAAUCUCAUCGUCUUUCACACUAAGAUGCUGGACUCUGUGGAGGACUUGAUGGUCGAGACAUCGGACCUCUCUAUAUUCUGUUUCUAUGUGCGCCUCUUGGAGAAACUCUUUGCAUCCACCAUGGAGGAGCCAUCAAUGUUGCGCUAUUCCAUUGCUUUCCCGCUUCUGUGUGCUGACUUCAGCCAUGCCUCCCACCCAUUGUGCCCUGAGGAGUAUCCUCAUCUGCAGAGCUGUGCCUUGGGUCUGUGCAACAAUUUCCUGGAAGAGAUGGCUAAACAGGCUUGCACUUGUAUCCUGGAUGCCUCUGCUGAACAGCGCAACCUGAGUGAGCAGCUCUUACCCAAGCACUGUGCUGCCACCAUCAGCAAGGCUCGGAACAAGAGGACCCAAAAAGCAUCGUCCAAGAAGGGAGAGCCAGAGAGGGACAAGCCUGGUGCAGAGAGCCACCGGAAAGACCGCAGCCUGGUCACCAAUCUGGACAAGCUGCACCUGACGCUGACUGAGAUCUGCUGGAGCCUGAACAACGUGACCAGUUUUGCUGUCUUUGAGCACACCGUGACUCCAGCAGAGUACCUCAGCAGCCAGCUGGAGACACGCCUUAGCAGGUCUUUGGUGCGGCUGGCAAAGCCAAACCCAAGCUCCCCAGAACUGGCACGUCCCUCAGAAGCGUUGGCAGGUGUGCAGGCCUAUACCACUUUCCUGGUUUCACUGAUGCAUCGCAUAGGUCUGGAUACUGGGCGCCUCCUCCGCAACGUCCUUCUGCAGCAGACCCAGCCCCUGGAUGCAAGUGGGGAACAGACCCUCACCACACUCUAUACCAACUGGUACCUGGAGUCACUCUUGCGCCAAGCCAGCAUGGGCUCCAUUGUCCUUUCCCCAUCAAUGCAGACCUUUGUCAGUAUACCCAAAGAAGGGGAACAGACCUUCAGUGCUGAAGAGUUUUCUGAUGUUUCAGAGAUGCGAGCCCUGGCAGAACUCCUUGGGCCCUACGGAAUGAAGUUCCUAAGUGAUAACCUCAUGUGGCACAUCACCUCGCAAAUGGUGGAGCUGAAGAAACUAGUGACAGAGAAUAUGGAUGUACUGGUUCAGAUCCGAUCUAACUUCUACCAGCCAGAGCAGAUGGCCACACUGCUACCCCGCCUAACUGCCGCCGAAAAUGUUUUGAAGAGGAUGACCAUAAUUGGGGAGAUUCUGUGGUUCAGGUCCCUGGCGCAAGAGGGCCUUCAAGAGGUGUUCACCAAUCACUGCCCUUUUCUGAUGGGCCCCAUCGAGUGCCUGAAGGAAUUUGUCGAUCCUGACAUGGACAUAAAGGUGACCUUGAGCAUCUUUGAACUAGCCACAGCUGCAGGGGUCCCUUGCGACAUUGACCCAGCCUUAGUAUCCGCCCUUUCCAGCCUCAAGAAAGACAGCUCUUCCACAGAGGAGGACUACAAGGCUGCCUGCUUGCUGCUGGUCUUUGUAGCCGUGUCUCUGCCGCUGCUGGCCACGGACCCUUCUUCAGUCUACACCACCGAGAUAGACGGCUUCAUCAACAACAUCCACUGCCUAGCCAAAGCCAUCAUCCAAGUAUCGGCUGCCCUCUUUACAAUCUACAACAAGAACAUUGAGACUCAUCUCAAGGAAUUCCUGAUGCUGGCCUCUGUUAGCCUCUUACAGCUGGGACAAGAAGCUGACCGGCUGAAAACCAAGAACAGGGAAUCCAUUUCACUCCUCAUGCACUUGCUUGUGGAGGAGUCGUCCUUCUUGACCACUGAUAUGCUGGAGACCUGCUUCCCUUACGUGCUGCUGCGCAAUGCGUACCGAGAGAUCUCCAGGAGCUCAGCCUUGAGCCGGCUUCCUACACAUUGACAACCUUUUCCCUUCACCCAUAACUCAGAAGGUCACAAGCCGCAGCUACCCACCACCACAUAAAUGCAGAACUACCUUAGAAAAGAUAAGCAGGGUAGCAGAGGAUAGUUAGAAUUGGUGCUUCUCUUACAUGCCUUAAGUUACGAUCUAAUGGCAAGAGUGUCGAACUUCUAGAUGUUUCUGCAACAGAGCUGCUGGUGAGCUUGCUUUGGCUUAGAUAAUUGCUUGUUCACAAAGCUGAGCAGUGGGCAGCAACAUGCUAAUUUUGUAUGCCACUUCCAUGACAGUUGCCAGCCCCUGUCAGGCUGCUUAUUAGCGCCAGAGAUGCCACAGGCUCUGCCCUUUGCGGCUUUCAUGGUUUUAUUAAAAAUAUGCCACAUUUCAUUUGCCAGUGUUGAGAUCCCAUUUAACCCAGGACUGCCCAUGCCAUCACUUUGGGCUUAGUAGUUGCCCCUGCAACAAAGCCUAAGUAAAGAUAUCUGCUCACAUUCUCCCUAUCUUCCUCUUGCUUCUGUCUUCCUCCGGUCAAAAUUUAGAUUGUAAGCUCCUUAGCAGCAGAAAAGCAACUUUAAAACAUAAAUUAAAGCUUACAUUCUGCAAAGUGUCACAAACUUCAGUAGCUCUAUGUCAAUAAACAAUAACAACAACAACUCCUCAAAAAUGUCUGAGACAUACACAUGCCAGAAAUUUAAGCUGGCUUUCCGGUCAUGCCUGCCUUAUGAAAAAUCCUGGGAAUUGCAACUUUGUGAAAGCUGGAAAACACUCUUCUUCUGCUGCACACUUGCUUUUCAUGGGGACCAUUCAAUGGCAAUGAGGUGAGAUGGCGCCAAUAAGCAACCCCACCAGGGGAAAUAUGGCUGAUAGGUAAGGCCUGCAUUUUUGUGAGUAGCAGGGCUUACUCAGGUGCCAUGCUGAGCCCUGCAGAGUGAGGCAAAAAGUGGCUCCACUCUCCUUAUCGCCAGACCAGGUGGCAGCGGUGUGAGAGAGUUGUACAACUUAGAAUCAUCGAGCCUUUGAGUCGGAAGGGUCCUUGCUCAUCAAGUCCAGCCUGAUUCUUUUGGGCAACAAUAAACUAAUGGUCCUUGUCUAAACCCUUUUGUAUCUUUUUUUCUGAAAUACCUUUAUCAUAUAUGACUUUAUUUUUUGCUUUGGACAUUUUCAAAUACGAAAAUGCAUUUAAAGUCACUUGGUUUUAAGAAAUAAUAAAUACUUUUAAUGGAA